AUGUCGCCACCCAUUCUUUCUCUGCCGGUUAUAUUAGCCGUCAUCGGAGUCCUCUAUGCCUUCCUUACCGUUGGCCGAAGAGAGAGGAACCUUCCACCUGGGCCACCAACACUACCCAUCGUUGGCAACGCCCAUCUGAUUCCUCGCAAGGGAGCGCACUUUACGUUCAUUGAAAUGGCCAAGAAGUAUGGUGGCAUGUUUUCUCUCAAAGUGGGGUCGAGUACGAUUAUUAUCCUCAAUGACCGACGGAUAAUCAAAGAGGUACUGGACAAGAACAGCGCCGUAUCCAGCAAUCGACCACAAUCAUUUGUGGCCCGCACCAUCACAGGUGGCGAUCAUCUGUUGAUAAUGGAUGCUGGACCGCAAUGGCGAACGUUUCGGAAAUUGUUGCAUCAGGAAUUUAUGGCAUCCAAGUGUGACAAGGAACACAUUCACACGCAGAAUGCCGAAGCGAUUCAGAUGCUACGUGACUUCCUCUUGUUUCCGGAAGAGCACAUGUUACAUUCCAAGAGAUACAGCAAUAGCAUCAUCAUGUGUCUCCUUUACGGUGUGCGAACGCCUUCAUUUGAUACGCCUCAUAUGCAGAAACUCUACGAGCUCAUGGAUCACUGGUCCUCGAUCUUGGAAAUUGGAGCGACACCACCAAUAGACGCCUUCCCUUUUCUCAAGUUCAUCCCGGAACGAUUCUUCGGCAACUGGUGGUCUCGAACUCAGGCAGUCAAGAGAGAAAUGGAAAGCCUCUAUGGUGACAUGCUGCGACACGUAAUGCGCCGUCGACAGACCAGCGGCAGUUUGAAGUGCCUCAUGGAUAAGGUUCUCGAUCAGAAUGGCAAACUCGGGCUCAGCGAUCAUCAGCUCUACUUCCUCGGCGGUGUAGCCAUGGAAGGCGGAUCGGACACUUCUUCUUCAGUAAUCAAUUCGUGCAUCCAUGCCUUGGUCCAAUUUCCUGAGGUUCAAAAGAAAGCCCAGGCGGAGAUCGACCGCGUGGUGGAUGAAAGUCGUACACCCACCUGGUCUGACUUCGCGGAUUUACCCUAUGUAACCCAGGUUGUCAAGGAAGCACAGCGUUGGCGCUCAGUCGGCGGCCUGGGAAUACCUCAUGUACUAACCCAAGACCAAUGGAUUGAUGGCAAGCUCUUGCCCAAAGGGGCCGCCAUUUUCACCAGCGCGUGGGAUAUCCACCAUGACGAAAAACGAUAUCCAAAUCCCGAUGUGUUUGAUCCAGACCACUAUGCAGGCUACCACAUGCUGGCCUCUGAGUAUGCAAAUUCCGCCGACUAUGAGAAUCGCGAUCACUAUUCGUUCGGGAACGGGCGCCGUUUAUGCCCAGGAAUACACCUAGGGGAGCGAAAUAUCUUCUUGGGGAUCAGCAAGCUUCUCUGGGCAUUCAAAUUUGAGAAAGCUGUUGACGGGGCUGGCAAGCCCAUUGAGACCGACAUCAAUCCUGUCACAGCAUACACUGAGGGCUUUUUGAUCACUGCGAAACCAUAUGCCUGCAAGAUCACCCCACGCUCUGAGAAGCGGAAAGAGACUAUCAUGCGUGAGUUUGCUGAGGUGGAAAAGACUGUGUUUGCAAAAUAUGAGAGUGUGUAG